UUCUCACUUAAAGUUUUAAGAGAAUGUUUCUUUUUAAGAGUGUGUUUGUGUCAUGUACUAAUGCGUGUUGAUAACUUUUCAAUAGAGACACUCCUUUAGCUAAUUGUGCUUUAUCUGCAAGUAAUCCACCAUCAGAGUGGGUUGGUUGUUCAGGAGAUAUGCCAUCUUUAACUAAUUAUUUCAUCAAUGGUUGUGUAUGGGGUUGAACUUGAACGAUAGCUUCUUAUGGGUAGAUCUCUUGGUGAAUGCUUCCAUUGUUGGACCUCUUAUCAUGAACUAUUUCGUUUCGGCGACAGUAGCCAGUAGGAUAUUCAAAGUUCCUCUUCAUGAGCCUUUCUGCCGGUACUGGAUGCUUUUGUCUACCGUUCAUAACUUGCAUUUUCUUGCUUACUUUUAUCGUCUUGUGCUUCCUUGUUAUUUGUGUUUCUUCAGGCAUGCAUUUGUUCCUCAUUUUUUGAGAAGGUGGGUGUCCGGGACCUUUGGCCCGAAUCAUCUCGCAGGCCCUGAAGUUAAUGACCCGAGAAAUUCAAGAAGAUCCAUGAGCUAAACGGACUCCAAGCCCAUUACUCCUCUACAAUCAUCUCCUGACAUUUCGCUUGCAUACAUUGCAUACAUUGUACCAGAUAAUGAUCUUCGUGCUUAAGACAAUUCACAUUUUUAGAUAUGCCGUGCCAGCACAACAUAGGUCAUUGAUUGUGACCUAUGUAGUUAUACCUAGAAAUACCUAUCAUUUAUCUUUCUAGUAUCCCAAAGGUAUAUCCUAAGUUAUUAUGCAAAUCAGAUGUCAUUUCUAAAUUACGGUAGUUUUAUUGGUGUACCAAAGUCUACCAAUGUACGUAGUAUCAUAUUAUACAUCACAAUUAUUGACCAAUACUGCAAAAAAAAUAUUACUACUAUCACACUUUAUCACAAUCUAUAAUAUGGUUGUUAAAACAUUUUUUCCAAGAGAAAUCAUAAAAUUCAGAAAGAAAACCCAUAAAAUAAAAAUGGAAAACAAAUAACUAAAGAUAAACGGAAAAUUAGAAAAUAAAGAUAGAAAACAACAAAAGUACAUGAGCCGGUUUCUGGUUUUCAAGGUUUUUUUGGGUUCAUUUGUUGGCGAAGUGGGGAAUUGUUAAAAAAAACCAAAAUAAAACAAAAGAUUAUGAGUCCGUUUGAUGAGUCAAUUUUUCGGCUUGUUGGGAUAUUGACCUAGAGGCUCAAUACUCGGAUCAAGAAGGCCCAAGAUACCCGGCCCAAGCAACGGGCACAUCACUCUAUGAUGAGAUAAUCAAGGUAGAAUUGAUGCCGAACGAGAUUCGGCCCAAAUAAGGGUUGACCCAGUAAGAAAACAUACCGAACGGAGUUCGGGCUAUAUAUUAUACUUGGGCCAAUUUGACAGCAUCUUCAGCAUAGCCCAACAUCCCGUUCGGGCAACGGCCAACCAGCAAGUGGCCAGGUGCAAUUAAUGCCAGAUUGUGACAUCAGCAAGUGGAAACAUGGAUGACCAAGUCGGUGGAACAAUGGCCAAUCAGCAUAGGGCAGCUCAUGCUCUCCAUUAGUAUAAAUAGAAGGUUUUAAGUCAUUGUAAGGGUUAGCAUUUCAAUACUCA